AUGGACCACGACCAUCGCGAUUUGCUUAGCGAUGGCGGCUCCCGAUCCGACGCAACCCGAAUUCCCAUUGACGCAUCUGCCCGCGCCCAGAUGCCCCCCGAGAGUACCAUGAUAUUCACACGGCCGAUUCUCCGCCCAAUAUCAUGGAUAGGGUGGAAUAUGCUACUAUGGUGUCUUGUGGCGGUGAUGCUGGCCCCUGGCCACGUCGGGGUUGCGGCCAUGUCAACGGACAGGAUAAAAGAGUUACGCCAGGAGACCGUUGACAUGUUUUACCAUGGCUUUGAUAAUUAUAUGGAUAUUGCCUUCCCCGAGGACGAGGUAUGCAUGCAUAUUUGCGCCACCAUUGAUUACUUUCUCCGUCCAGUAUCAUGUGUCCCACUGACCCGCGAUGCGAAAAACCCACGAAAUGUCGAGCUCAAUGACGUGCUGGGCAACUACUCACUCACGCUAAUAGACAGCCUCUCAACCUUGGCUAUCUUGGCUUCUGCGCCACCAGAUGAACGAGGCACUGGGCCGAAAGCCCUUGCAGAUUUCCAGCAUGGGGUAGCCGCCUUGGUCGAACAGUACGGAGAUGGAAGCCCUGGACCUUCAGGAGUAGGCCAGCGUGGUCGUGGGUUCGAUGUCGACAGCAAGGUUCAAGUCUUUGAGACGGUGAUUCGAGGCCUUGGUGGGCUUCUCAGUGCCCAUCUGUUUGCCGUGGGCGCGCUGCCGAUAACCGGAUACAAACCUCGCCAUAUCGAGACGGAUGACCCCUUAUAUUCGCAACCAAUCGUUUGGCCAAACGGGUUCAAGUACGAUGGGCAAAUUUUGAGAUUAGCACUGGAUCUGGGACAGAGGCUCUUGCCGGCCUUUUACACCAAGACGGGAAUGCCAUACCCGCGUGUCAACCUCCGUCAUGGCAUCCCCUUUUAUACCAACUCACCCAUGCAUGAGAAUGCACCCAUGAACCCACCAGAAGGCCCACUGGAGAUAACGGAAACGUGUAGCGCUGGCGCGGGGUCACUGGUGCUCGAGUUUACAGUUCUGAGUCGUCUGACCGGCGACCCGCGAUUCGAGCAACUUGCAAAACGUGCCUUCUGGGCUGUCUGGUACAGAAAAAGCCAGAUAGGACUUAUAGGGGCUGGUGUGGAUGCCGAGCAAGGCCACUGGAUCGGAGCUUAUGCCGUCAUUGGUGCGGGCGCUGACAGCUUUUUCGAGUAUGCUUUGAAGUCACAUAUUCUACUCUCUGGACAUGAGCCCCCUAACCGGACGGCUCCUGCACGCAAACACAGGGGCGGCAUCGACAGUGACAACUGGUUGGAUCCCAACGCUCUUUUCCCUCCCCUGAACGAUGCCGAAAACUCGGCCGAUUCGUUUUUGGAAGCAUGGCAUCUGGCACACGCAGCCAUCAAGCGCCAUCUUUACAAUGAAAAAGACCACCCCCACUAUGACAACGUUAACCUUUGGACAGGAUCUUUAGUAUCCAAUUGGGUUGACAGCCUGGGCGCGUAUUACUCGGGGCUCCUUGUUCUUGCUGGUGAGGUUGAGGAAGCCAUUGAGACAAACCUCUUAUACACCGCCAUAUGGACGAGGUAUGCUGCGCUUCCUGAGCGGUACUCACUUCGUGAUAAGACAGUUGAGGGUGGACUCGGCUGGUGGCCGCUGCGGCCAGAGUUCAUCGAGUCGACAUACCACAUAUAUCGCGCCACCAAAGACCCCUGGUAUCUGUACGUUGGUGAGAUGGUGUUGCGGGAUAUCACGAGACGUUGCUGGACCCCUUGCGGCUGGGCAGGCCUGCAAAACGUUUUGGAUGGCGAAAAGAGCGACCGCAUGGAAAGCUUUUUCCUCGGAGAGACCGCCAAAUACAUGUACUUGCUCUUUGACGACGAACACCCGCUAAACUCUUUGGAUGCCCCUUAUGUUUUCACAACCGAGGGACACCCACUCAUUAUUCCCAAGGCUCCGCCAAAAGAUGGUCCUCGCCGACGACGGUCACCUCGCAAAUACUUGACUGUCUAUCCUAACGAGGAGUACACAAACACAUGCCCGCCACGGCCCCAAACCACGCCAUUAUCAGGGUCGGUCGUUGCAGCAAGAGAUGACAUUUACCACGCCGCGCGCUUGUUGGAUCUUCACCAGCUUUCCCCAACUUCCGCCUACGCUAUCGAUGCAGGGCAAAUGUCUGGUCAACACAUGGCUCGCUCAAACUACACGCUUUAUCCGUGGACACUCCCUGCAGAGCUUAUGCCUGACAAUGGCAUCUGCGCUAAACUGUACCAGCCAGAGGAGGUGACCCUGGAAUUCGCCUCGAACGCGCAGCAGGCUGUUGGAGGCAGCUCCUUCAACUUUCUACUGGGCAGUCAGAAUCUGGAAAGAUUAAGUGCGGAUCGUAUCCGUGUUUCCAGCCUAUCGGGACUCAAGAUGUCAAUGCGUCUGGAGGAUAGUGGUACUGGUGAGCGUGAGUGGCGGGUCAGCAAAGUUAAUGGCGUUUUGCUGGGCAAGGACGAAUCCAUCAUCUUUGACCGGGCCAUACUGGGCGAGAUCCAAGAUCCAAGAUUCUCGCUGAUCAAGGACCCCGUUCUCGCCAAACUCCAACAGUUACAUCAAAUCAACCUGCUUGAUGAUGAGCCCGCGGCUAGUGACGAUGGGAGAAAAGCUGGCCAACAACCACUGUCUCAAACAGAAGACACCCAUGAAGAAGAAGACCUCGAAGAGCUCGACGCAGACCUCCUACAAGACCUUCUCGCCAAGGCCGAGCUUCCCCCCGUUGCCUCUCCCCGGGUCUCUGUUCCAGCUUUUGGCCCUGCCCUACAACCUGGUGAUAAACCGAACAGCAGUCACCCCCACAGGGCUGGCGCCGCCCCUCUACCAGCGCACAUCAUCCCACCCCGCGCGCCUCGCAUCCCCGAGUUUGGACCCGUCCCGAUAGAGCACUUCCCCUGGUCGACGAUUUACGCGGCCGGCACUGCCUGCGACGCCGUCCUCCCCGACUCUGCCCCGCGAGACCACCAGGUCAUCGUCAUCCGCAGGGGCGGGUGCAACUUUUCGACCAAGCUGGCCAACAUUCCCGCAUUUUCGCCCUCGUUCAGGUCACUGCAGCUGGUGGUGGUUGUGUCGGAUGAUGACGGGGCCGAGUCGUCGUCGGCGGCGCAUCUGAGGGAGCAAGCGGGGUUGAUCAGGCCGUUGCUGGAUGAGGUCCAGGUGACGCCUGCUGGGUUUGCGAGGAGGCAUCCGAUUCCGAUGGUGAUGGUUGGUGGGGGGGAUGUUGGGUAUGAGCAGCUUGGGGCUGCGAAGAGGAUGGGGUUGGCGAGGAGGUGGUUUGUGGAGAGCUCGGGGUUCAGGGUCAGGAAUGUGAUUGUUGAUGAGGGGGAUAAUGAUGAGGUUGAUUAG